CAGGAAUUUAUCUGACACAUAUUAUACAGUGUCUUCCGCCAUCGAUCGUAUAUAUUUGUUAAUAAUUAAAAAUAAUUUCAUUAACUGCUCAAUGAGAUAUGUCAAAGUGAUGAUUAUAAAAUAACAGGUAGACAUUUAUAUUUAGUACUAACAAAACCUGUUGGUUACCUAUUGAUUAACAUAGUAACAGGCAAUAAAAAUAUAAAUAUAAUAAAAUAGUAAACAUGACGACUGCAUUGUACUUAGAACACUACUUGGACAGUCUAGAGCAUUUGCCGAUAGAAUUGCAAAGAAAUUUCACGUUAAUGCGCGACUUGGAUGCACGAGCGCAGGGUUUGAUGAAAGACAUCGACAAACUUGCUGAUGAUUAUCUAAAAAAUAUUAAAAAGGAAUCAAACGACAAAAACAAUGAUCAGUUACGUCAUAUACAGAGUUUAUUUAAUAAAGCUAAAGAGUAUGGCGAUGAUAAAGUCCAAUUGGCAAUACAGACUUACGAAUUAGUUGAUAAGCAUAUACGUAGACUAGAUUCUGAUUUAGCGAGAUUUGAAGCCGAGAUCCAGGACAAGGCGUUAAAUAAUAACCGUGUUGCUGAGGAAAGUGGUGCUAGCAAGAAGGGUAGGAAAAAAUUAAAAGAAAAAGAAAAACGUAAGAAGGGAACUGCUGGUGCGAGUAGUGAAGACGAGUCGAAGAGUAUCAGGAAAAAACAGAAGAAAGGUGGUUCUGUUGUUUCUUCGGCUACAACUGGUGCUGUUGGAAGUGGUGCCCAGACAGAUGCAUCACUAGGUCAUCCAGCGGAUGUUUUGGACAUGCCUGUUGAUCCUAAUGAACCAACUUACUGUCUUUGUCAUCAAGUAUCUUAUGGUGAAAUGAUUGGAUGUGAUAAUCCUGAUUGUCCAAUAGAAUGGUUCCACUUCUCAUGCGUUGGAUUGACCACCAAGCCCAAGGGUAAGUGGUACUGUCCAAAAUGUACCCAAGAUCGUAAAAAAAAAUAACUUGCGUGCAUUAAUAAUUAAGAGGCAACUUAUUAUCAUACAAAAUUAUCUUCUGUCAGCAAGAUUGAUAAAUAAAUUAAACACAUUAAUUUCAUUAUAUAAAACAAUGAAAAUUAAUGGGCCCUAGAUAGAAAUAAAAUGAAAUUUAGUUAGUUAGUUAAUUAAUUAAUUAAUUAAUAGGUAAAUUAAUGGCAUCUUUUCAUUAAGACUGCGUUUGCAUUGCAUUCAAUGUGAAUAUAUUUAUGUGAUUGUUUAAGAAAUAUAUAUUAUGUGUCUAUCAAUUAAUGUAAUGGUAUUACAAAGUAUUUAUUUUAUAUAUUAAUGAUAGAUAUUCAUUUAGGAUGUAAUGCAAAAACAGUUUUAUAGGUUUAUCGCAGAUUUAUUUAUACGUUUUGAGAAUUGGCCAUAUUAUUAUUAUUAUUAUUACUAUUAUUUUUUUUUACAAAUUUAUCAAUACUAGUAAUGUAAGUGUCAGUCGAUUAAUGGAUUUUAUACUCAUCUGGCCCAUUCUCGAACGUCUGUGAUUUACCAAUUGAUUAUUAAUAAUAAAUAGGUAAAUAAAUUAAUUAGAUUAUAAUAAUUAAAAAUGUAUUUAAUCUAUAAUUAUA